CGCGACGAGGACUGGGCCGGCCGCCCCUCCCCCCCAUCCUCCCGUCCGUCCGUCCGUCCGAGCUGUGCCCGCCCCCGUGUCCCCACCCCCCGCAGGCGGUGUCGGCGUCCCGGGAUGGCCGGGGUCGGCGCCGGCGCCGGGCCCCCUCCCUGCGAGCUGGACCAGCACAAGUACGACGACGCCCACAACGUCAAGAUCAUCUGCCUGGGGGACAGCGCCGUGGGCAAGUCCAAGCUGAUGGAACGCUUUCUCCUGGAUGGAUUCCAGCCCCAGCAGCUGUCCACCUUCGCCCUGACCCUCUACAAGCACACGGCCACCGUGGACGGGAAGACGGUCCUCGUGGAUUUCUGGGACACGGCGGGCCAGGAGCGGUUUCGGAGUCUGCACGCCUCCUAUUACCACAAGGCUCACGCCUGCAUCAUGGUGUUUGAUGUGCAGAGGAAGGUGACCUACAAGAACCUGGGCUCCUGGUACAAGGAGCUGCGGGAAUUCCGGCCGGAGAUCCCCUGCAUCCUGGUGGCCAACAAGAUCGACGCGGACAUGAAGGUGACUCAGAGAAGCUUUAACUUCGCCCGGAAGUUCUCCCUGCCCCUGUACUUUGUCUCCGCUGCCAAUGGCACCAACGUGGUGAAGCUCUUCAACGACGCCAUCCGCCUGGCCGUUUCUUACAAGCAGAAUUCCUCUGACUUCAUGGAUGAAGUGCUGCAAGAACUGGAGAAGUUUGAGCUGGAGCAGGAGGGGCCCUCCCCGGACCCGGGAAGGAGCAGCCCCUGCCAGGAGCCGCAGUCUGGCUGAGACUGGUCUGAGGGCCGCACCCUCCUACCUACCUGCCCGCCCCGGGGAGGGGACUAAAGUCACCAGUGCCCAGGAGCCACGUGGUCAAGAGCAUGAGACUCCUCUGCUGGGGUCACCUCCCCGGUACAGUCCAGCAAGUCCACAUUCCAGCCCUGCCCUGCGCUGGCCGCUGCUACCUAGCCACCUCCCCCCCCCCCCCGGCCCCUGAAUUUCCACUGGUCUCCAGGGAGGGAUCCCUGGCUUCCUUCCCCAUCCCGUGUCAGGACCCUGCCUCACAUCUGACGCUCAAAAAUAAAAUUAUUUUUCCAACA